AUGACCGCCGGCGCAUUAUCCGAUACGGUCGAAAUACUUCUAAAACCAAAGAGCCCGGUGUUGCUCAAAAGACACCUGCUGUGCGAAGCCGCCCUAGGAAUGAAACAGCAGUGCCUUAUUUCCUACGCCCUCGGGCUAAGCCAACCCCCUGCAGCCGAGCAUGCCAGACUAUUGAGUCAUCGGCUCCGGGCAGGGUCCCCAAAGAAAACCCUACUGUCUGCUGCCUCAAGUGCUGGGAUACUGCAAGGUUCCCCAAGCCUAGACAAGAGAAGUCUAGAGGCAGAGGCCGGGUUUGAACCACGGACCUUAAGGCCAGACAAAGCUAACAUUCCGAAGAACCUCGAGGAACUCCAUAGCCGUUUCGUCCUUGUUGUUUAUGAUGAGCCUAACGAAUCUCGAGGGGCCACCGACCCCCAAGAUAGUCAGUGGUUAAGGAGCGAAAUUACCGACAGGAAGACCCGUGGUUGGAGACCAAUCCCACUACCUCAACUGCUUCUGUUUACGCUUGAACAACGUGGCAGUAUCUCAGGCCUCAUGCCUCCUUCGGGUGGCAUGAAAAAUAUGCACCGAAAGGAUGUUGCAUCUGAACGGUUUUUUCCUAACAGGCCACCGGACACAACUAAGGAACGCAUAUUGCUUCGACUAGUGCAGGUUCUUACGAAGUUAAUAAGCGAAAGGCACAAAAGUGAUUGUUUACGGCGAUCCAGUCAAAGAAAGAAAAAAGAAAAGAAAGUGUUCAGCUGUAGCACCCUUCCGGUGCCUAGCUGCCAUGCCACCCGAAGGAAGCACGAGGGCUGGGAUACUGCCAGGUUGCCCAAGCCUAGACAGGGAAAGUCGAGUGGCGGAGGUCGGAUUCGAACCACGGACCUUCCGGUCAGUAAAUUCGCGCUCUAA